AGAGAAGCGACAGCCACCCGAUUUACUCUCCGUCGGGUCUCCUGCACUGCGCUCGUGCGUCGGUAGCCGCUCGUGCUCACUCUUCAUCCUCAGCUUGCUGUGUUGUCCGAGAUGCUGCCGCUCGCUGUUUCACUCCGCCGCUUGGCCGGCCGCUCGGCCGCAAUGGCCUUGCGUCGCGCUACGCCAACGGCGUCCCGCUCCUCUAUGCGCGUGUUCGCGGCCGUGCCAGGCCACGCAUCGGCUGCCUGGUACUCUUCGGCGCCGCUGGACUUUGGCACGGACGGAGCUGCCGCCUUGGAGUUGGAGGAUGGCGAAGAGGUCGUGCUGGAGCCGCUGCAGGGCUUUGUGGACCAGAAACCCAUCGAGGACUUUGAUCUAUCGCAGGAGACGCAGAGUAACUUGCACCGCGCCGGCGUGACGCACCUGUUCCCGGUGCAGACGCAGUCGUUCGACGUGAUGAUGAAGGGCGCGGACAUCAUGGGCCGCUCCAAGACUGGCUCGGGCAAGACGCUGGCCUUCGCACUGCCUAUCAUCGAGACUAUUUUGGCCAACCGCAAGAACACGCGCAACCCACAGGCGCUCGUGCUGUUGCCCACGCGCGAGUUGGCGCAGCAGGUGCACGACGAAGUACGGCGCGUGGCCCCGCAGCUACGCACGGUCAAUGUUGUGGGCGGUGUGUCCUACACUGUCCAGGAGAACCACCUGCGUCGCGGCGUGGAUAUUCUUGUCGGUACGCCCGGCCGCAUCAUGGACCUGGUGGACAAGGGAUCGCUGUCCCUUGAUGACGUCGACGUGUCUGUCCUGGACGAGGCCGACAUGAUGCUCAAGUUCGGCUUCCAGGAGGCUGUGGAGACCAUUCUGGGCUGGGUGCCCGAAGGCGGCCAGACCGUCAUGUGGUCGGCCACCUUCCCCAAGUGGGUCAGCUCGAUGGCCAGCAAGUUCCUUAAGGACCCAGUGAACAUUGAUCUUGUGGGCGACAAUGAUAACCAGGUGCCGGCCACCGUGGCCCACAAGGCCAUCAAUGCGCCCAUGCGCGACCGUAUCCAGGUGCUCGAGAACGUGCUGCGUCUGCACGCACACGACGGUCAGACACUGGUGUUCACUGAGACGAAGCAGGAAGCGGACGAGAUUGCCAACUCGCUGCCUGGCCAGGACGCGCGUGCGCUGCACGGCGAUCUGUCGCAGGGUAUGCGUACGUCCACGAUGAACGGCUUCCGCAGCGGCCACGUCAAGACGCUAGUGUGCACGGACAUUGCUGCGCGUGGCCUGGACAUUGCCAACGUGGAGCUCGUGGUACAGUACCGUCUUCCCAGCGACAAGGAGAGCUUCGUACACCGUGCUGGACGUACCGGCCGUGCUGGCCGCUCGGGCACCAACAUCGUGUUCUUCGACCGCAACGACACGAGCGACGUGCUGGACUUUGAGCGCCGCUACAAGUUCAAGUUCACGCAUGCAGCCCCGCCUCGCCCCGAGCAGAUGAUGACUGGAGCACUCGAGGAUGUGAACAAGCAGCUUACAUCAUUGCCGAAGGCGAACGCGCAGCUGUUCGAUGAAGCUGCUCAGGCCAUGAUUGAGGAACAGGGACCGGGUGUGCUGAGCGCUGCGCUUGCGCUUCUGUGCGGCUUCGACUCGAAGAAGCUGACGUCGCUUUCGAUGCUGACGGGCCGCUACCGUACGCAGACGGUGGAGGUGGAAGGUGUGCAGAACGCGCGUGAGCUCAACCGUCUGCUGUCGACCUUCAUGGACGACCGUGUGGACAUCUACCCGGUGGAAGGAGGCAAGCUUGUGUUUGACAUCCCGCAGGGCAAACUGGAGGAUCUACAGGCGCACCUGUCCGCUACGGCCGAUGACGAAGUGACGGUGACUGCCGCUGUGGAAUUCCCACGCCUGCUGAUCGACAGAGCCGGCCGCAACAACAACAACGGUGGCCGCUUCGGCCAGCGUGGCGGCCGCAACAACUCGCGCGGCUUCUCUAACAACCGCUUCAACAACAACAGACGCGACGGUGGUAACAACCGCUUCGGAGGCAACAAGGGCGGCAACAAUUGGAGACGCAACGACCGUCGUAACAGCGGCCGCGACUUUGACUCGUCUUUCUCCAAGGGCCGUUCCUCGAACCGCAACAACUUCGGCCGCUUCACCGACGGGUGGUAAGGUAAAGCAAGCCGAUGCAUUUAGGGAAUGACUGUAUUUUAGAUAGUGAGAACCACAGCUAGACAUGCCCAGAGGCAGCCAGCAUUCGGUUGUGAUUUUGAUUUGACAGAGCAACGGAUAUUCAGCCAAAUGACAACCAAAACAACUUCAACUUCAGA